GAGGAGGCCGUGACGGCGCUCCUCAAAAGAUUCGCGCGGCGCGGCGCCGCCGCGGCCCAGGCGUCCUGGGCCGACGCCUUCGCGGCGUGCGCCCAGAACCUGUCGGCGGCGGCGACGUUCCGAACUUUACUCCUGCGACCGCCGACGCGCAUCCUGUCAGCGCUCCUGCCGUUACUGCUUGAUGGACAUGUAGAAACGCACGGCGCCGCGUCCCCCGGGAAGCGACGAGGAGUAGCGGCAGCUCUACGGCACUGCUGCCACGACGUCUCGGCACAUGGCGUUCUGCUCGACGACUGCUGCGCGCCGCAGUUCAUACUAUUCGCCCUCGCGGACGCGUCCGACAUUGCUCGACUAGAGUCAGACGAUAGCAUGGCAUUGCAGUUGCCGGGCGGGACGGCCUGGCACGGCGCGCCCUUCGUCGACGACGCCUCCGAGGUCUACGGCGAUGCCAAGAGAAGGGAGCCUAGAGCUGACGUGUCCCUGUUCCUGCUCGAGGCGUUGUUGUGUCUGUGCGGCACGCGACGGGGGCGCACGGAGCUGCGCCGACUCAAGGCGUACGCCGUCGUGCGCGACUGCGACUACCACUUCGCGCCCGGCCGCGACGACCGGGACGAGGGCGACGGAGGCCCAUCAGAAGUGCUGGUGACGGCCGACGACGCGCCGGAGCCGCCCCCGGAAUCGUUGACCGAGGAGGAGCUCACGCUCAAAAACGUGGCAAAAGCGUGCGCCGACCUCGCGGCCAUGCUCUUGAGGGACGAGGCCGGGCCGCCGGGGCCGCCGACCUACGACGAUAUGGACUAA